GACACAUUUUGAGGUCGCACCAGGCUGAGGAUGGCUGAUACUGCCUCUCAGGCUGAAGCGCCCGCGCCUCAGGAAGUCAGUAGCGAGUUCAAGAAGCCUGUUUUGCCGGUGCCUCCAGCCGUGCGGAGUAAGGCUCCAGCCUCCAGUCCCUCAGUCCCUGAGGAUGUGCAGAAGGAAUGUCCCACGGGGCUGCUGGACCCUGGCUGUCCGGAGCCCGAGGUCCCAUCCCCUCAACCGGACCGCGAGGGUUCUGGGAGUCCGCCCGGGGAGCAGCUCCGAUCCCCGCGGGCAGCUGCUGCUCCCGGCGGUCCAGCCCGGCCUCCCCCAUACCAAGAACCAUCGUGGGGCAGCCCAGCCACGGCCCCCUACAGUCUCGAAACCCUGAAGGGUGGCACCAUCCUCGGCACCCGCACCUUGAAAGGGACGAGCUGCUGCCUUUUCGGGAGGCUUGCUAGCUGCGACGUAUGCCUCGAGCAUCCUUCCGUGUCUCGGUACCAUGCGGUGCUACAGCACCGGGGGUCUGAUCCCGACGGAGAGUCUGAGGAUCAUGGGCAGGGCUUCUAUCUCUAUGAUCUGGGAAGUACCCAUGGCACUUUCCUCAACAAGACUCGCAUCCCGCCCCGCACUUACUGUAGAGUCCACGUUGGGCACGUUUUUCGCUUUGGAGGCAGCACCCGCCUCUUUAUCCUUCAGGGACCAGAGGAAGACCGAGAGGCUGAAUCUGAGUUAACAGUGACACAGUUGAAGGAACUGCGCAGACAGCAACAGAUGUUAUUGGAGAAGAAGAUGUUGGGUGAAGACUCAGAUGAAGGAGAGGAAACAGAUACCACCGAGGGGAAGAGGAAUACUGGCACUCAAGAUGAUGACGUGGGCUGCACGUGGGGAAUGGGAGAGGAUGCUGUGGAGGACGAGGCAGAGGAGAACCCCAUUGCCUUGGAGUUUCAGCAGGACCGGGAGGCAUUUUAUAUAAAGGAUCCAAAGAAGGCUCUCCAAGGCUUCUUUGACCGGGAAGGAGAAGAGUUAGAGUAUGAGUUUGAUGAGCAGGGGCACAGUACCUGGCUCUGCAGGGUGAGAUUACCUGUAGAUGACUCAACUGGUAAACAGCUGGUGGCCGAGGCCAUUCACUCAGGAAAGAAAAAAGAAGCAAUGAUACAGUGUUCACUGGAAGCUUGUCGGAUCCUUGAUACAUUGGGGUUGCUGCGGCAGGAAGCAGUAUCUCGGAAACGGAAAGCCAAGAACUGGGAAGAUGAGGAUUUCUAUGACAGUGAUGAUGACACGUUCCUUGACCGAACUGGCCUGGUUGAGAAGAAGCGUUUGAACCGGAUGAAGAAGGCUGGGAAGAUGGAUGAGAAGCCAGAAACGUUUGAGUCACUGGUUGCAAAGCUAAAUGAUGCUGAAAGGGAACUCUCUGAAAUUUCUGAGAGGCUCAAGGCUUCAAGCAAAGCUCUGUCAGAGUCAUCGUCUCAGGAUUCUUUAGAUGCAUUCAUGUCAGAAAUGAAAUCAGGGACCACAUUAGAUGGUGUGUCUCGGAAGAAACUUCACCUGAGGACUUUUGAACUAAGGAAAGAACAACAGAGGCUGAAAGGGUUAAUAAAACUUGUAAAGCCAGCGGAGAUCCCAGAACUAAAAAAGACUGAACUUCAGACUGCAAAUGCUGAAAACAAAGCUAAGAAACUUGCAUUACCUCUCUUUGGUGCCAUGAAAGGAGGAAGCAAAUUCAAAUUAAAAACUGGAACAGUAGGGAAGUUGCCACCCAAGCGUCCAGAACUCCCUCCAGCUUUAAUGAAAAUGAAGGAUGAACCUGAAGUAGAGGAGGAGGAGGAGGAGGAAGAGGAGGAGGAGAAAGCGGAGGAGGGGCAUGGAGAGCAAAGGGAGGAUGGGAGCAACAGGCUGCUUCAAGAGACACAGACGGAGCUGGAAACUGCAGUGCAGGACCCGAGUGCUCCCGCGGACCCCUCUUGUCCUCAGGAGACAGAAAGCCACGAAAGCCUGUCUCAAGUCAGCCAAGUGGAACAGAGUAAAGAUUAUCCAGAGAUGGGCAAAAUAGCUUCUUCCUGUGAGGCCCCUUCAGUAGCACCAGGGAGAGAGUGUGAAAAAAACAGAGAUGAGUUGAAGAAAAAGAAAGCUUCUGGUCCAAGCAAAUUUCCACCCAUACUUUCUUCCAAAUACCCUGAAGAUGAUCCAGACUACUGUAUAUGGGUUCCACCUGAAGGCCAAAGUGGAGAUGGCAGAACUCAUCUUAAUGACAAGUAUGGCUAUUGAUUGGUUCAGAGUCCCAAAGGAAGAACUUGUGGACCACAGGAUAUUUGGGAUGACAGAUCGAGUGAUGGCCAGGGAAGUUCAGAUGACCAUUUGUGAAAUCUGGUGACUGGCUUUUUCUUCUGUAUCCCUGGCUUCCUAAGAUUGUCUGCCCAUUGGAUUCUUCUGAAUUUUUGGGUUUAUAUUUAAGUGUUUUUGUAUAUAUGUAAAAAGGCACCAUGUACACUGAAAAUUAGUAAAAUAAGAGCCAUGACCCUACUUUAAAAUGAGAAGGUGAUGAUGAUUUCCUAAUGUUGAUUUAAGAUCAUAUCUUCUAAUGUAAUUAAGAGCCUGUGGUGGUUCCUAGUGCCAUUCUCGGUGACACCUCCAGUGAAAGGUGAUUGUUCACAGGGCUCAAUGUGGAUGCCAGAGCUGUUGAUGCAAAACAGAGCUUUCGUCUCAAGGGGAAUAAGAGGUGGUUUAUUUGUAGUCAGAUGUAAGUGACCAUGGCCGAGGAACAUGGUUGCCCCAAGGGACAUGGAAGUGGCUAUAUGAGCUUUUAGCUGUUAUUGGUAUAAGACAAGAGGAGGUCAUAAAUCAGUGUACAUAUAAAAUAACUGGUGGGGGCUGCAGGUGGUUGGGUUGCAGCAAAAUGGGGAAACUACUGUAGGGUUCAGACACUAUCUCCCAGCAUUCUUCACUUGGGUUGGUGGAAGCUAGUGGUCUACCAACAUUAUACUCCAAAGGUUUGUUUGUCAGAGGAACCAGACACAGAGAUGGACGAUAAAUGCCUAUUGAAGUAGCCAGAAGUAGCCCAAUAUAAUUUGUCUCUGGUUCUUCAGCAUUCUGACUCUCUAUAGUCACAGUAGAAAUUCAGUAGACUAUUCAGUUUGGGCAUAGCUUUUUUCCAGGGAACUUCUGGUAACACUUCUGUUGGCCAACCAUUACAUUUUGUGUGUGUAAAGGCUAAAUUUUUUUUUUUAGCACCAUGAUCUAAUCAGCUGAGCCAACUGGCAAAUCCAAAUGUAGUGCUUGCUAGCACUAUCUUACAGUGCUAGCAAGGUGCAUUCUAGAGGCAUGGUAAAGAUGAAUCUGAGCAGGCAGGAAGGCAUUCUUCAGAGAGAGAAAUAGCUGUGAAAGCCAUUAAAGAAGAAGCCCUGGACCAUUUUAACGUUGUUAGCCAUCAUGAUCCUGGUCUUUCUUUUCCUUUUUUACCAUCUCCAUCUCAUGUUUACACGAAGGUGAUAAGAAUAUUAUACCUACAAUUAAAAUAAUAUAGAAUGGCCUAAAGAAGCAAAGGUAAAUCAAGCAUUUCUAGCCCUUGGGAGGCGAAGACAAGCAGAUUUAUGUGAAUUGGAGGCCAGCCUGGCCUACAUAGUGAGGUUCAAGAUAGCCAAAGCUACAUAGAGAGACCCUGUCUCAAAAUCACGAAGAAGGAGCAAUGGCAAAAGUUGCAGAUGAGGGAAACAGACAUUUGAACCAGUGAAGAACCCUCUCUGUCAUCUUACUCUUCAGUUAGACUGAUUUCAUUUCUAGUUCAUGAGGGUUUACUUUAAUGUUUGUGUUUAAAAUAAUUUAUUCUUGUUUCUUAACUCUAGCUUCUCUUGAUUCUACAACCACAAACCUUGUGUGGAGUGGCUUUUUCUACCUGUAGGAACAGUUGUCUUUAAUGUCUAAGUUGUCAUAACUCUUCUUUGUGAUUAGUAAUGUUACUUGGUAUUACACAGUAUUUCAGUUUGAGGAUGUAAAUGGACAGUCAUUACAAAAGAAGUGUGAUCAUCAA